AUGCCCUCAACCACCAUAGCGACUCCCAUCACCAUCUCGACUCCCCUAGACGCCAUGAACCCAACAAUAACAGAGCACGAUUUCCGCUUCCCGCGAAGGCCCGACGCAUGGCUGGCCGGCAGCACCAACGGCCACAUGCAUUCGGUCCAGCGCACCGCCCACGUCGGCGCACCCAGUGCCCGCGAUAUCUUCAAUGACCUCAAUGCCAACAACUCCAAAACCUACUCGGCCGCCAACAACACCCUACUCGGCUCCCCUCCUUUUCCUUCUCUCCAUGAAGACAUCGCCCAUGCUGACCAGAGCAUCGACAAAUGA